AUGGCCUUAAGGAUUCUUCUCCCGCUCCUCCUUCUCGCCGCUGCCACGCCGGCGUCUCUAGCGGCCAUCGACGUCGUGCAGAUGCUCGCCGGGAAGCCGCAGUACGCGACCUUCCUGAGGCUCCUGAGGGAGACAAAGGUGAGCGAGGACGUGAGCCGGAUGAAGACGGCGUCGGUGCUGGUGGUGCCCGAGAGGGCCGUGAAGCCACUCCUCUCCAUCCCGGCCGACAAGCUGCGGACGGUCCUCCUCCACCAUGUGCUCACCAAGUACUUCGACCCCAUCCAGCUCGCCGAGAUGAAGACCAACGUCGCCAAGCUGUUGUCGCUGCUCUCCGUCACCAACAAGAACCUCGGCACCAUCAACUACUCCAUGGAGAAGGACGGCCAGAUGUACCUCCGCUCCCCCGGCGCCGACUCCGAGGCCAAGCUCAUCAAGGUCAUCGCCGCGCGACCAUUCUCCAUCUCCAUCAUGGAGAUCAGCGCGCCCCUCGUCUGCAAGGAGAUCCUCGCCCAGGGCCGUCUGAUACGUCUCAAACUGAAAGGAGCAGAUAAUUCUUCUAGACCAGGAAUAGGUGUAAUCAAGGAUGGCAGAUCAAAUUCCAUUUGUGGUGAAGAGCAGGUUUAUUCCAGCUAUCAGCAACUAUCUGUUGGAAACCAGGGUGAGCUGUCCAAAAUGAUUCAAAUCUAA